AUUUUCUUUGGUUUUACCAAUUUGAUAAUUUGGCCGGUCUCAAACUUGGUUAUUGCCGAGUUUGUGUGUAUAUAAGCCUAGACAAAGGAGGGUUUAGGGUUUAAACCCUCUGCUUGUGCGUUGAAAAUUAAAGACGGAAAAAAUGGUGGCAGAUAAAGGGAAGAAGCAGAAGGUGGGAGAGAAAGUGGAGAACCUUGACAACGGUCUUGUCCUUUCAAUUGAAAAGCUUCAGGAGAUCCAAGAUGAGCUGGAGAAGAUAAAUGAAGAAGCAAGUGAUAAGGUCUUGGAAGUAGAACAGAAGUAUAGUGAGAUUCGCAAACCCAUCUACCAGAAGCGAAAUGAAAUAAUUAAACAUAUUCCAGACUUUUGGCUGACAGCUUUCUUGAGUCAUCCAGUCAUUGGUGAGCUUUUGACUGCAGAGGACCAAAAGAUAUUCAAAUUUUUGACUUCUAUUGAAGUGGAGGACUCCAAAGAUGUCAAAUCUGGCUACACAGUCACAUUUAGUUUUAAGCCCAACCCCUAUUUUGAAGAUACUAAGCUCAUGAAGAGCUAUACUUUCCAUGAAGAUGGCACAACAAAAAUUACCGCCACCCCAAUCAAAUGGAAAGAAGGCAUGGAAAUCCAUAAUGGAGUUACUAAUGAGAAGAAGGGAAAUAAGCGUCCUCCACAGGAGGAAAGUUUCUUCACCAUGUUCGUGGAAACACAGCAAAAAGAUGAAGAAAUGGAUGACAUGCGUGAUGAGGUUGCAGAGUUAUUCAAGGAGGACAUAUGGCCUGACCCUCUAUCUUACUUCAAUAAUCAAAUAGCUGAAGAUGAAGAAAUUGAGGGCGGCGAUUGUGAAGAUGAGGAGGAGAGUGAUGACUCUCAAGAUGAUGAUAAAGAACAAGAUGGAGAUGAGGAUGGUGAUGAAGAAGAUGAAGAAGAAUAACAUUUUCCUAUGUGCUUUUAGUGACGGACUCAAGUUAUCUACGUUUACGUUUUACCCUGUUUUCUAAAAUAUUGUGACUAUGUAAUAGGGGAUGUUAAUUAGAAACCCAAGUACUGGGAAAUGAUUUGAGUUUCUUUUUUAUGUAGGGAUCAAAUCAUAUUAGCGGUCCUUGGUUUUAUUUUGGCAUUCAGUACAGAUAUAACCAUGGAAUGGGUGCAAUGUUGAAAUGUUGCAUGUUAUACAUGGCACACUAAAAGCCCUUUUGGCAACAUUGAAAUUUUGAUUGAAUUGGUUCAAUUUGUUCAAAUAGGGGAAAAUAAAGGAAAAAAAU